AUGGCUAAGUGCAUGUACAUGCCCUCCACCACACUCGUUCUCCUUGUCUUCCUUGUUGCUCUCACUACCUCGAGUCGUGCUAGUCAACCGCCCGCGUGCGUCUCGGACUUGACCGUCACCGGCGAGGUAAUUGACUCUGGACGAAAUGGCAUCACUGCCGCUGCGCUCGGUCUCAUUGACAGCGAUGGUUGGCUUGAUGCCGUGGCGGCCUUUGACGACGAAGGUACCAUUUCGUGGUACAAAAAUACUGAUGGCGCUGGUACUUUUGCUCCGCCGGUCAACGUCGUCACGGGCAUUACCUCGAUUCGCAAAGUCGCCGUCGUCGAUGUGGAUGACGAUGGUUGGAACGAUGUGGUGUUUGGCCAGGAUAGCUCGUCGUCUGGUUUCAUCGCUUGGGCGAGGUCUACCGAUGGUAGUGGCGCGUUUGCUGCUCCAGUCACCAUUACGGCUUGCAACGACUUUGACGACUUUGUCUUGGGUGACGUGGACAAUGAUGGCGAUGAUGACCUUGUCGCUGCCUGCCCCUCAUCUGGCGACGUCUUUUUCGUCGAACGGCUGACAGGGGGCUCCUUUGCGUCGGCUAUCACUAUCACCGACGACUUUAACGGGCCUUCGUCGGUCGGGCUCGGCGACUUUAACCAGGAUGGCGCGCUCGACGUCGUAUUUUCUGCCGCCUUUGUCGACACGCUCGUGCUUGCUCUGGGGUCUGGCGACGGGAACUUUGGGCCAAGCACGGUGGUCUACUCGGACAUCGACUCGCCAAAAGCAGUGGCAGUCGGCGACUUUAACAGCGACGGCUUGGCCGACUUUGCUGCUGUGGGCGGCGGCGACGACACGGUGCUCUGGUUCCGCAACACGGGCAACGGUAGUUUUGCUCCGCCGACCACUAUUGCCUCGCUCUAUGACGCGCCACGCGACUUGGCUGUUGUCGACAUGAACGGCGACGGGAUCGACGACGUCAUCCUGUGCACCACCGCCGGAACGCUGGCAGUCUUCUACGUUCUCGACGAGAACGGCAAGUUUGGUGGCGCCAACGUGGUCGACUCGCGCUACGCGCCGAUGUACCGAAUUGCUACGGGCGACGUCGACGGCGACACGAGGCCGGACAUUGUCAUCGGCUCGACCCACUCGCACUCACAGCUACGGCUCUUCCGCAACAACCCGGUACAGGCUGCAUCGUACUCACCUGACGCGUCGGUGACACCGAGCGUGUCACCCACGCUUGUCACCGGCUUUGAUGGCAUUCGGGAUUUGGUGGUGGCAGACGUCGACGCCGACGGCCUGCUCGACAUUGUCGCCUCGGCGUCCAACAUCGACAUGGUCGCGUGGGCGCGGCAGCUGCCGUCCGGCCGCGGCUUUGGCGCCACCACCAUCAUCUCGCUCUCGAUCGAUGGCGUGCGUGGCAUCGACGUGGCAGACGUCGAUGCUGAUGGUGACGUCGAUGUUGUCUCGACCGCCACCCUCGCCAGCAAGAUCUUUGUCCACACCAAUGUCGACGGUGCAGGCGGGCGAUGGAGCACGGCCGAGCUAGCGUCCAACUUUGGCGACCCGCGCUCGAUUGUCCUUGCUGAUCUCGACGGCGACGCCCUGCUCGACAUUGUGUCCGGCGCGAUGAGCUCGGGCGUCGUCGCCUGGUUUCGCAACACCGGAACCGGGACCGGUGCGCUCCGGUUCUCGGCGCCGAUCACAGUUGCCACGCUUUCGCCUGGCCCGGGUGACAUCAUUGUGGCUGACGUCGACGGCUCUGGCGCGCCCGACAUUGUCACCAUGGCGUACGAAUCCAGCGGAGGCGACGCCUUCAUCGCCUGGUUACCGAACCUCGACGGCGCAGGCUCGUUUGGCUCACCGGUCUUCCUUCCGCCGGGCAUCUACACCGGCCAGCAUGGCAUUGCGGUCGCCGCGGCUGAUUUCGACGGCGACAACGAUACCGACCUCGUUGCCGCCUCGCUGUGGCAGAACGCUGUGGCGUGGUACGACAACCUCGAUGGGCUCGGUAGUGCUUGGAGCGAGACGGUGCUCUCGACAAGCCUCGACGGCGCGAUCUUUGUGGCCGGCGCCGACAUCGACGCUGAUGGCGACCAAGACAUUGUUGCGUGUGCCGAGUACGGCGACGACGUCGGGUACUUUGUCAACAGUGACGGGGCGGGCAGCUUUGCGCCGUUCCUCCUUGUCUCGUAUGUGGCCUACUCGCCGCGAGUAGUGCGGGUGGUCGACCUCGACGGCGACUCGGACCUCGACCUGGUGGUGGCGUCGUCUACGUCGGAUGGCGUGGCGUGGUUCCCGGGGCGGACCCGUAACGCAUGGACAACUGUACGUGUACCGACCUCGCUCAGCAUGGUGUACGAGUCGCGGGCAUGUGGCGUCGACAAGUUCUCGCUCCUCUGUCUCCUCGACAACAUCCGGCGGACCUCGCUCUGCGUUCGUGACACACUGCUGCUGGAGCCUGGGGUGUACAGCUGUCGCGGCGGGGCACAUGCGUCGAUUGGGCGGACGCUCACGCUCGCGCCACGGGUGCCCGGUACAGUCUCGUUUGAUUGUGACGGUGGAGUGCUCUUUCUUGUCACGGCCUCGCCGACGUUUGUUGAGGCCCGCGGCGACGUCGAGAUCCGCGACGUCGAGCUGACCCGCCUCGGACAGGGAAGCCACGGCAUCGAGGCGUCGCCGGGCAUCCGAAUCUCAGGCGACGGCGCUCGGCUGGUUCUCACUUCGGUCUCGAUUCGCGAGUCCAAGACCGAGAACCUGCCUGGUCAGGUGUACGUCGACGAGGGCCUCGGCGGAGUGCUGCUUGCCGUGAGCGGCGGGCGGCUGGAGGUCAACAACUCGACGAUCGAGCAGACAUCGACGACGGGCGCCGGCGGCGCGAUUGCCUGUCGUGGCGUCGGCUCGUCGGUCCUGGCCAGCCACUCACGAAUCGCGAGCUGCUCGGCGAGUGAGCGCGGCGGUGGCCUUGCGGUGGUCGACGGCGGCUCGGCUGUGCUUCAUCAGUCAGUGGUGGAGAGCAACACAGCGAGUAGCGGUGGUGGCGGCGGAAUCUACGUCUCGGGCACCAGCACCCUCAAGGUGACCGGUGGCGAGAUCCGCGGCAACAGCGGCGGCGGGGCCGGUGGUGGAAUCUUGGUCGCGGCCACCGGUCGCGGCGAACUGUUGGGUGUGACCGUGCGCGGCAACAGCGGUGGAUCGGGCGGCGGGCUUGCGGUGGCGAGCGAGGCGGUGGCGUCAGCGGUGGCGAUUCUGCAGUCGGCAGCAGACAUGCCGCGUGCAGACCCGAGUGCGGACAGCUACGUCGGGCCUGGGCCCGAGUCGACUGCGGCGCUAGUCUUGACCGAUGUCAGCGUUGUCGACAACGUUGCACGAAUGCAUGGCGGCGGCGCGAGCGUGUGCGGCGGACGUGUGGUGAUCUCGGGCACUUCCUCGCGUUGGGCGGGUAAUGCGGCGCAGCGGACGCCGGUUGCGAUGCGCAGCUCGGCGGAUGUGUUUGUGUGCGCGCCGUCGGCGUCAUGGACAGGAGCUGCGAGCCGCGAGAGCGCGGACAGCCUUCCGUGGCUCCGGAUUGCGCCGGCGGUGUUUGGUGGCGGCAUGGCGGGCGCAGCCAUCCAUGGACCUCCGGCGGCACUCGAGUGGGCGAGCGCUCCGAGUCGAAGCCUGCAGGCUGGCGAACCAAUGAGCGGCCGGGUGCGAGCCCGCGACUGGCUCGGAGAGCCUGUGGUGUACACUGGAGUGCAGCUCAGAAUGAGGUUCCCCAGCAUGGGAUCCGGACUUGGAAUUGUGGAGGCGCCGCAGCCGACGACGUUCACCGAGUCGUCGCCGAUCCCAGCAGUGCGGCUCGGGGCGAUGUCGGCCGAGAGCGUACCGGUGGAUGUGGCAUUCACGGUCGAGGUGAGUGGGGCCGGAGGCGCGCUGCCUGUGGCGAGCGUGGGCGGACAGGUGGCCGUCACGGCAUGUCGCGGCGGAUUUGGCGUCGAGAGCUUGGUAACGGCAGACGCGGCCGAUGUUGUGCUCGGGUGCCGGGCGUGCGACGCCGGAACAGGUGCUGUAGCCGGGUUCAACACAUGCGGUGGCAUUCCCGAGUGCGCUGCCAACACGGCGCGGAUCAACACGACGGGGCUCAACGCAGGAUCGGUGGAGCCGUGCUUCUGCCUGCCAGGGUUUUGGAGCGAGAGCGGCGAGAGCGACGUGGCGUGUGUGGGGUGUCCGCCUGGCGGAGUGUGCGUAGGCGGGACGGCGCGGCCGGUGGCGGCGCCGGGCUUUUUCCCCGACGCCAGCGAUAGCGCGCUGUUUCUGGCGUGCCCGACGGCCGAGGCGUGCUCAGGCAGCGGGAUGUGCGCGACCGGGUACGAGGGCCAGCUGUGCGCGUCGUGCGCCGCGGGCUACUUUUCGCUCCGCGGACGAUGCUACCGAUGCAAGACCGAGGCAAACACUGCGGUGAUGGUGGUGAUUGUGGCGGUGGUGGCGGUGGUCCUUGCGAUACUCCUCGGAUUCAACCUCUCGGACAGCGUGCGGUAUAAGUUUGCGGCGGCGAUGAUCGGGCUCAACGCGCUGCAGAUCUCAGCCAUCUACGGGCAGCUGGAGCUGGAGUGGGGCGACUGGGCAGAGCUGUACUUUGAGGCCAUCUCGUCGUUCAACCUCAAUCUCGAGCUGACCUCGCCCGAGUGCUCGCUUGGGCGCGAAGUCGAUGUCUGGGUCAUCAAGUUGGUGCUUACACUUCUGCUUCCGAUUGCGGUGGCGGCGUGCCUGGCGUUGGUAGCGGGCGGCGCUGCGCUGCUUGCAAGCAGCGGCAUCGGAUGGCUCGGACGGAAGAGCGUGCGCGAGGUGGGCAACGCGUACGUGCGGACGCUGUUCCAGACCCUUGUUCUCCUCUAUCUCCCGCUGUCGUCUGCGGCGUUUCGGCUCUUUGACUGCCGGCGCAACGAGGCUGGCAGCUGGGUGCUUGCAAGGACUGCGCGGCGGUGCUACGAUUCCAAGUGGUGGGCGCUGCUCCCGAUCGCACUCACAGGGGUGGUGGCGUACGCGCUGGCGAUCCCCAGCGCCGUGGUGUGGGUGCUCAAGCGGCGACGGGCCGAGCUCGAUCAGCUCACGUUUGUGCUCCGGUACGGGUUCCUUGUGGGCCGGUUCACUGCUUCGGCGUGGUGGUUUGAGGCAGCCAUCAUGGGGCGCAAGCUCGUUGUUGUGGUGUGCAUGACGUUCUUUGUGGGCGACGACUCGAAAGCGUCUGCGGCGGCGGUGUCGCUCGCGGUGGCACUCGUGCACGUGGUGCAGGUGCAUCCUUACGGCCGCGAGCUGCAUAACAGGCUCGCUAUGAUUGUGCUUGGAUCGUGUGCCCUCGUCCUCGAGGCCGGUACCUUUGACGACAAGCGGCUGCGGCAGGGCUUUGUGCUCGGCGGGCUUGCGGUCAACGUGCUCGCGAUCGUGAUAGGCAACGCGCUCGAUGUCCGGCUCAUGCUUGCGGUCGAGGCCAAGGCCAACGACGAGUUUUUCUCGCCAGACACGACGCUCGAGCUCGCGUCGAUGCCGCUCCAGCUGGAAGAGCCGAGCAACAACGGUGUGACGAUGGACUCGGUAGCGCUUGAUGACGUCGGCAGCAGCUUUCCGGUGGCGCGGCAGCAGGCCGGUGUCAGCGACACCGAGUAUGGUGACAGCACAGCCAGUUGCGCCAACACGCCCACGCACGGCACGGUCUCCAGCAUUGUGGUCGAUGAAAGCGCAGCGGGCGUCUCGACCGUGGUCUUUGUCCUCUGA